AUGGAAUCUAACUCCUUAGAUUUUAAAAUAAACAUAUAACCCAAGAAGUUAACUGAGCAUGUAGAACCAGAUGUUGAUUUGACAGUCGACAAAUAUGAUGCUGUCUACUAGAACACCUAAUAGGAAGAGGAAGUGGAGACAGCUAAUAAAGAUUUAUUAAUAUAAGAGUAUGAUAUUACUGAGGCAGCUCAUCCAUAUUAUUGUGCUGCUGCUUUGGCAUUAACUUCAAUUCCAGGAUUGACAUUUAUCCUGUUACAGGAUGUUAUUCAUGCUUAUCCCUUAGUUAUUUUACUGCAGUUGGCACAAUUUCUGGCGUUGAAAAAUUAUUUGGGCUUGAAACUGAUUGGAUUGCGUUGGUGGAUUGAGAUGGAUAUUAAGGGUGAAUAGAAAUGGAUGUUCUAAACUCAAUCAUAAGAAUAAUCAAAUAAAGUUGACAGGUAUUUCUUCUGGGCUUGUCUCAUUUAUGGAACACUCUUUUGGUGCAUAAUGUGUCUUGGAGACUUCUUUGGAUUCAAAAUAUUCUGGUUACCUUUGCCAAUCAUAAGUUUUGUUUUGUCUUUGACUAAUUUGCAGGGAUUCUACAAAUGCAGAGGGGAACAUCAGAAGAAACUAUAACAAUUGAAAAGAGAAAUGGCGAAGGGGGGAAUGAAUAUAGUGGGAAUGAUAAUGAAGUGAUAUGAAAUUGUUAUUUUUAAUAUUUUUGAAUUUAAUA